CGAACGACGGAAUGCGAAGCGAGUGGCUGCUGCAUCGACAAGGGCGACAACUUUUGAUGCUUUUCUUCGUGCCAGUUUCUGUUUCGGUUUCUCCGCGUUCCGCAUCUCUUUCCGGCUACCGUAGAUACGUGCUGGGUGAGCGCGUGCGCGCUCCAGCGAUAACGAGCCCCUCGCACUCCACGAACUACUGCUGCUACAGCUGCUAGGACAAGCUUUGGAAUCCGACAAAACGCGUAGCCGUUUUUACGUCCUCAUCGCUGCAACUCCCGACAUCUGAGCCGGCGGCAGUCGAGGAGGGAAAGGAACUGGAGCAAAAGGUUGGCCUCCGACACCGGAAGUACACUCACCUUGCACUUCCUCGGCGAGAGAUGACCGCUGGCUGGCUGACGCUCAUAUCGUGGCGGCUGCGAGGUAAACAAACCCGUUCGCUCGCGUCCGCACCACGCCGCCCAAUUCUUUGAUCGGGAGUGGUCGCCCCGACCGACGACCGGACCGGCGCGUCGCUAUGCUGGCCGCGACGACGCCGAGCCCGCCGAACGGCGGUGCGUACUCGCCACCGGCCGCGGCUGCGAAGAUGGACGGCUUCAGGACGAUGGACGACGUAGUCGAAGUGGACGCGAUCUCCGAGUCCCUCCCCUUCACGGGAUGGGACAAACUAGUGCUCGUAUUCUCCAUGACGACCGCGAUCGUCGACGUCUUCACCGACGCCUGGGUGGCGCACAAGUACUGGCAGCAAGGCGAGCGGGUCUACUUCGGCCUGACGCUCGCGUUCAUUUUCGUGCCCUCGUGGGUCGUCACCUGGAUCAGCCUCAGGUGGUGCCUCAUCCAGAAGCGUCACCCCGAGUACGACGAGUACAGGCAGCGGACGAGGCUUGCCGUCACGCUUCACGUCUUUCAGCUCGCCGUUGUGUACAGGUACCUGAGCGCGCUGAUCUUUGGCUGCAAGAGCCAGAACAAGUCGCGCACGAAGACGGAUCGUCGCAUCUACUACCAGCUGAUGCUUUGGGAGGACAACGAUGCGUCCAUACUGCGACUGGUCGAGUCCUUCCUCGAGUCGGUGCCGCAGCUGUUGCUGCAGGCCUACGUGCUCAUCACCACGCCAGAUCAGGCACGCUCACUGGUGCUCGCGCAGGUGGUGUCGGUGGGAGUUGGUGUCGGGUCGGUGGCCUGGUCUCUCGUGGCGUACGUGCGGACACUGCGUUUCUCACUCGAGGACUCGCCCAACGUCUCGUGGCUCGGCACAAUGGUGUGCUACUGCUGGCGUCUGAUGGUGCUCAUGCCCCGGAUGACCGCUCUUGCCCUGUUCUCGUCGGUGUUCCACUGGGCCCUGUUCGUUGUCUGCGGAAUCCGCUGGCUGCUCAUGUAUGCCUGGCUCAUCAAGUUUGUGCGCAUCGGCCAGUACAAGGGCAGGAGUGACAAACUGGGCUUCAAGGCGGUGCUGGCGUUCAUAUACAUUUCCUGCUUCAUCGACCUGGCGCCCGGAAACCGUCGGUUCCGUUACGCCUUCUUCUACGCCUUCACCUUCGGCGAGAACGCUCUUCUGCUCGGACUGUGGUACCACUACAAGCAGGGCAGCCCCUGGUACGAGACGGUCGCACUCCUGGGCAGCUUCUGCAGCUUCUGCAUGGGCAUGGUCUUUCUGGUCAUUUACUAUCUUCUGCUGCACCCGAACGCCUCUAGCAUUGUGCAGCCCGAAAUGCAAGACGUGAACACGCGCAGCGGGUACAUGUCUGACGGGUUGGAGGACUCGCCGGUGGACACGCCAAACGCAGAACACAGGUCGCCGCCCCGCGUCCGCCUGGCCGACGUCGUUCCCAACGGAGACUCGUCGGAGGCGUCCUUCUUCGAGAGUGGUGACUCGCCAUGCUCCGUUCCGGGAUUCAAAGUGACGGCCGUCUGACACAUGGCACGGCCCUCCGGAAGGGGAGGAGGAAUCGAAGACUCGGCGAUGCCUCCGCACCCGCUGCACGAUUCACGUGUGAGCGAGUCCGGUCAAACGGGAAAGAACUUUGCAGAUGUGCUCUGAAAUAUGGAGUGCACAAAGUCUGCUGUUGACCGUAGGUUGUUUUGAUUUGCCCGUCAAGGGAGAGAUACAGGUCAAAGAGAUCAUCAUGAAACAAGUGAGAAAUUAUGAAGGCACAAACUGCCCCGAGCGCGAUGUAGUGGCGUUUGUCGAUGAGAUUAUGGCUGACACAGUCAGAGAUUUUGAUUGCUUGCGAAUGAAUAGGUCGCUGAUCAUUUAUGCUCUGCAUAUAACUCGAAUCUAGACAUUGAGCCGAGGAAAGAGAUCCUCCGGAGAGGGAUGCGACAGCUCUCCAAUUACUCUGCACCUGCCACACGAUUCACACGCGAGCGAGUCCACUGAAGCGGAAAAGAACUUGGCCGAUGUGCUCUGAAACCGCGAGUGCACGAAUUCUGGUGUUGACCGUAGAACAAAAGGUUGUUUUGACCCGCCCAUCAAGUGAGAGAAACAGGUCAAGGCCUCGUGAAACAAGUGAGAAAAUUGCGAAUGCACAAAGCUGCUGCAAGCAGGACGUAGUGACAUUUGUCUGUGAAAUUAUUGGCCGCGCUUUGGAAGAAGGCUGGCGCAGUUAUAGAUUGUGAUUCCCUGCGAAUGAAUAGGCCGUGUGUAUAACUCAAAUCUAUAUAGACAUUAAGCCGAGGAAAGAGAGAUUCUGGUUAGCUAGUGUAGAGGAGGAGUACGACAUCUGCAAUGCCUUUGUCAUCGUCACGUGAUUCUCAAGUUAGUGUGCAUGCCGCGCCGAUACCUGGCGAGCGUGGUUCAAACUGAAGGACUGUGUCACGCAUCAUUUCAGCCUCUGAAAGCAGUGCAUUGAAGAAAAAUAGCAUGAAGUUGGCUUUACAGCUGCGAAGAAGCUUGGAAACUGCACUCAACUAUGAAUUUGUAGAGUUGGCCACACAGUUAGCAAGCAUUAGAAGUGCUAGUACUGCACACAACAACAGGACGGCCACUUAGGAGAAACUUUUGUUCAUGCGCAUGCUGACAGUCAGCAGGCUGUGUCAAUUUGUUGGAUUACAGGGACAUAAUAUAACCAGUACUGAAUAUACAAGCUUGUUCACCUGAUGCAGCACUCCCUUUGGCUGCCACCAUGCUGACAACGUAAAAAUGACACACUUUUAUUUGCAGAUAAAGGUUAUGUGUGUUUUAACAAUGGGGUGUUAUAUAUCGAAUCUGCGAUGACAUCCUGUUAGGAAGCGUAGUUGAACCUAGUUUUCUUGCAAAUUUCUCGCAACCACCGAGUUUCUUUCAGUUCAUGACUUAAAGAUGAGCUGAACCAAUUUUCUAAAAAAUAUUGCUAUGAGGACAUUUUGUUUUAACUAUUAUGAACUUAUAUGUGUUGGUACCUGUGAUAUGCGUGGUAAUUUUAGCUUCAAGGUGACAAGUGCAUAAGCAGACUCGGUUAUGCUUUUCUGAGCUGUAGUCUAUGCCAUCCUCAAAGUUGUAGUGCGACGUACAUGCUGUACGUCCACGAAUAGUGACAGACUAUAUCAUAUAGCUAAAUAGCUCUGUACGCAACGGUAAUUCUGUGAGGCUAAAAGGGUACCAGGGUACAAUUUGCUCGCAAGAGUAACAGGGCCAAACAUGUGUAAAGCAUAAACAGUUACUGUUAGGUGGAACUGACUGCUUGAGGCAGCUAAGAUGAUUCGGACACAGCCUAUGUUUUAUUGCAUGUUUAUCCCGGCACUUAAUAUGUAUCAGAAACAAUUUGUAGCGCGGGAAACACAGACACAAAAGAAGGCA